AUUUUCCUCUCUUUCGUCUCCUAAAUCGAACGCGCUCAUUUCAUUCUCGGUUCUCCUCCUCAACUCAGCGGAUCCCAACCCUACCCACGAAGAUCUCCGAUACCUCUGGGAAAAUUCGUAAUGCCGCCAUUUUCAGCCGCGCCGAAGGCGUUGGGGUCGUUGCUAUGGCGCAGGACUAGUAUAGGACGCUUGGUCAGGCGCCACGCGAGCUCCGAUCCAAUCAGCAAUUGCGACCGAUUUAGGUGUUUGGGCUGCUCCGGUGUUGCCGGAAUCGGGAAUUCAUUUGGCGGAAAACAACCUGGUCGUCACAAGGAGGCCGGGCUUCUCACCGGAAGCUUAUGGAGCGUUAAUAAUGGGCAGAGGAGACGGUUUUUGGGCUGCGGAGAUGGCGAAGAGGGCAGCGUCCUGUCUAAGGUUUACGAGGAGAGGCGCGUUUUGGGGUAUUCUCCGACCCAGCUGUUUGAUGUGGUUGCUGCUGUCGACUUUUACCAGGAUUUCCUCCCCUGGUGUCAGCGGUCCGAGAUACUCAGGAACUAUCCCGAUGGAUCCUUGGAUGCCGAACUGGAGAUUGGUUUCAAGUUCCUAGUUGAAAGCUAUGUUUCACAUGUUGAGAUGAAGAGACCAACCUUUAUAAAGUCAACAGCAUCAGACAGUACACUUUUCGAACAUUUGAUCAAUGUUUGGGAAUUCAAUCCUGGACCAGUCCCGGGAUCUUGUGACCUUCACUUUUUGGUGGAUUUCAAGUUUCAGUCGCCACUCUACAGCCAGGUGGCCUCCAUGUUCUUCAAAGAAGUGGUAGCUAGAUUGGUGGGCUCAUUCAAUGAACGCUGCCACUCAAUAUAUGGGCCUGAGGUGCGGAUUCUUGAAGAACCUCACCGUCAGAGGGCGUAAGACUUGAGUAAUAAUUCUUGUUCUGAUCUCUUUCACAGCUGAAAUCCGUCGUCAUAUACGACACAUUGAAAUAUUGGUCCAUGUCAUGCUUGAUCAGUUGAUCACUCUACGGAAGUGAGGCCCUGGCCUGGUGAGCUAACCUCGGAAACUGGGCCAGAGGAGCUGCUGAUAGUGUACGAUGCCUUGCAUUCAUUUUAGAUUAUCGUUCAAAGAGGGAAGUAAGAAAUCCCUUGCAUUGUUUGUAAUUUUAUGUACGGGAUAGGAAGAUUUACAAUAAAUAGCAUUCAUACCUAUAAAAAAACACAAUAUAGCAUUCAUUCGAAAGCGACAUUGCCAUUUGUUUUCAAGUACAUGGCAUGAGAAGACAUUGAUCAAAUUGUAACAAAUUGAAAAAUGAGUGUUUGAUCACUCAAAUAAUUAUCAGUUUAAUGGUUAUAAGGGAGAUUCAUAAGCUUAA